GCAGCAGUGUCCGGCGAGGACGGCUCGCGAGCACAUCUCCGCUGCCCCGCUGCCCGAGCAGCAUGUCCGCCAUAGCUUUGUUGGCCAUUAUUGUGGCUUGGUAUGUGCUGAAGAGGAUUGUGUCGUACCGUGGGAAUUUGCCGCCCGGUCCGGUCAGCAUCCCUCUGCUGGGAAGCUGGGAGUUCAUCCAGCUCUGUUGGACCGGUGGUCGCCUCGAGGACCUCUGCCGACGACUCGGGGCCAAGUAUGGACCCAUCGUCUUCUUCAGGAUCGCUCUGGAUACGCCCGUGGUCGUCAUCCGCACAUAUGACGCUCUUAAGGAGGCAGCCAAGGAUGUUCGUCUACACGGGAUGACCGGGACUUACCUGAAUCGUCUGGCCGGGCAUUGGGACAACCUCGGGGUGAGCUUGGCCGACGGAUCCAAGUGGCAGCACAACAGGAAGUUCAUCAUCCGCACGCUGGGUAGACUGGGCUUCAACAGAAACAAACUUGAGACUCUGGCCAGCGCAGAGUGCUCCAAGCUGGUCGAGGACCUAGUGGAGUUGAAAGGACAAGUGGUCAACAUUGAACGGGAACUUACCGGAGCCAUAGCAAACGUCACGCUUAAGUUCAUCAUGAACUUUGAAUUCGAGUCGCAUGAUCCUCGAAUUGGCGAGCUUAAGGACGCAAGCUUUCACAUCGUAAGACUUUUGGCAAAUAUUCAGUCUCACCUGGACUUCUUUCCGUGGUUGGCACACUUCUCCAGUCAGAGAUCAGACGUGAAAACAUUGGCUAGAUCCCUGGACAAGGUGAGCCACUUCAUCAAGGCUCGAAUCGACGAACAUAUCGAGACGCUAGACGAGGCUCAUCCCCGGGAUUUUAUCGACGAGUACCUACUGCAAAUCCCCAAGGCGGACCACGACACCUCCAUCGAAAACCUGCUGGUGAUGCUAAAGGACCUGCUACUGGGCUCUCUGGAGCCCCCUCCCAUCGCGCUCUCCUGGACCAUCCUCCUUCUGGCGAAGCACCCGGAGGUGCAGGAGCGGGUUCGUGCCGAGCUGACUGAGCUCCUGGGAGACCACCGUGCCCCGACGGUGGAGGACGAGCGCCAGUGUCCCUACACCCAGGCCGCCAUCGAGGAGACGCUUCGCUUCGUGACACUGACACCCAUCAACCGGCACUCCACCACGCAGGGCGCCACGAGCCUGCGCGGCUACCACAUCCCUGCGGGCGCCAUGGUACUAGCGGAUCAGCACUCACUGCACCAUGACCCAGCCGUCUGGGGCGACCCGGACGUGUUUCGACCGGACCGCUUCCUAAGCGAGAACGGCGCCAAGCUUCGCGAACAGGUGCGGGCGUUCGGCUUUGGGCCUCGCGUCUGCUUGGCAGAGGCUCACGCCCGGAGUCUUCUGUUCGCGUUUUUGGCCGGUCUGCUGCGAAGGAUCGAGUUCCACCUUCCAGAGAAAGGUCAGGUGGCCACCAUGCCUGUGCAUCAAGUAUUGUCUCGACCCAGUGAGACGCUUGUGGUGCCCUUCCCGCGUUAGUGGAUGCGUGACGCCGGGAUACAUGCUUGUGCCGGUGAGCGACGAACUGGGCAAUAGCAAUAGUUAUGGCCGUUGUGUUAGUUGUACCAUUGUACCAGUUGGACUUCUGGGCUCUACUAGCGGGAAGAUUGUUCAGUUUUGUUUAAAGCUGAUCCGUCUUUGCGAGUUAAGCUGGCUAUUUAUAUAUUCAUUACCUUGUAAAAGAACAAGCUUCCGACGCUUUUAAUUUGAUGACGGUCAAUAUUCAGUGGUGUGAAAGUGGCUAGUCAACGGUCGAUUAGAUUGUUUGGUGCAAUGUAAUGUAAGGUAGUUCCAUGUCCAGAAGCCAUUGAUAGGUAUUGAUUUCUUUUAACACACGACGCUUUUGAUUUUUGAGGUCAGUAAACGUUCACUAACGCCAAGCAUUUGCGAUACUCUCCAUUGGGAAGAAGCGUCUGAAGUGCGUGCAGUGAGGUGCUGUUAUAACACGCGUUUGUAAGAAUAAAUAAAUCGUACUGACCAUU